CGGCACACGAAAUCUCUCACACGAAGGUCAGCCAUCACCACACACCCACACACCGAGGCAAAAGCAACAGCAGCCACACACAACGAGUUCGAGCACCGAUAAAGCACCGGUCCGGCUGGUGGCAGGCAGCAGGUGGGCAGCAGGUGGGUGAGCCCCUACCCCAUUCGUCCGUUCACAUGGCACCUCAGUGGAUGCGUCAGUGAACACAUGAGGGUGAAAGCUCUCCACCUGCCAACCUUCCAUCCAUCCAUCCAUCCACCCACCCCAUGUGUCGAGCCGUCCAUGCAGACAUGCAGUAUCUACCACAUACAUACCAGUGCCAGGCGACAGGGAAGCACUCGAGUGGGUCAGGCACCGACAACCGUCCAGCCACACAUCAAAACCCCCAACCUGCCUCCCUGUCUGCCAGCUAAAUCUGCCUCUGUGCGCCUCUCUAUGUCAUCCGCAGCGACCUGAAUGUCUCCCUCCCGUCCCGCCCCUUGUCGACCCACCCCACCGCCCCCCACUCGACGGCCGACACAUCCUUGCUGAAGCCGUUGUCGAUGUCCCCCACCAGCCCCCACUUGGCCGCCUCGUCCAGGAUGGCCCGCUGCACCACCUCACGCAACUCCAUCUUGCAGCCACCCACGCCGCCCACCACAAAGCACUGCAGCUGCGGCACCGUCACCUUGACGCGUUUGUCGCUCUGCUGCUCAUGCCUCGUCCCGCCCACCACCUCCCGGUUGCUGCUGGCUUUGUACACGGCCGAAUGGACAAAGUGCUCAGCAGCCGCACACACCCGCCGGGCCAUGUCGGUGUGCCGCACACCGAUGGCCUCACUAACGGCAUCCUGGGCGGUAUCCAUGUCGAAGAGGUAUGAUGCGAUGCGCCAGCCGAAGAUGGGGGCCUCCUGCGGGCCGACGGCCAGCCAGGGGGUCAGGACGGCCGCGAGUGAGCGGUGGGGGACGAGAGCGGCGUUGACGGCCGCCAUGACGGCAGUGGGCAGCUCGUUGAGCACUCCGGCAUACUCCGUCAGCACCAGCUGGCGGCCGCGGCGGCCCCUCUCUGUGGCCGUGGGGAUGCUGCUGAUGUCGCCUCCCGCCCGCAGCAGGGAAUGGAUGAUCCGCUGGUAUUUGUCAAUCUCGGCGCGAAUCAUCUCCCUGAUGGCCUCGGGUGUGUCCAGGUCCUGAAGGUCUUGAGUGUAGCGAUCGAGCUGUGUGGCAGCAAUGGCGAUGGGCGUGUCACCGUGGUUGUUCUGUGUGUCGAUCCGGUCAGCGGGCAGGUUGCUGCAGAAGUAGCCGGCCACCUUGAGAGAGCCCCACGCUGCCGCGUAGUGCAGUGGCGUCUCCCCUAAGGCGUUUCCUGCCGCCAUGUCGACCCCGUUCGCCACUAUGAGGUCCAGGUAGGCGUAGAUGAACGACUGGGGAUAGCGCCCCCCCCGGCCACCUCGGCUGCCGCGUGCACCAGGUUGCAGCCAGACCGUUCUUCGGUGGCGAGGGUGGGGUCUCGUUGGAUGAGUCGCUCAUACAUCGACAUGAGCAGCUGCAGAUACUCAGAUGGGGGCUGACGCAGGGGACGGGGCAGCAUCAGCAUGCGUGGGCCUGGUGCGUGAAGGUCGAUGUCGUGACGAGUUAUCAGGAUGUCGAAGGCCGUCUGAUUGCCGGAUGCAAUCGCCAAGUGGAGGGGGGUCUCCCCGUUCUCGUCGGCUGCCGCAUUGGGGCCGGCGCCGUCGUCGAACAGUGCGGUAAACGGCCCUCCGUCGAGCAGUGCGGUAAUGAUUGCCGACUGCUGCUCAUCCGACGACCACUGGGGCAGGGCUACCCUCCAAUCAUCAUCAUAGUCUCCUGCUUGGACGGUGUUGACGGUGUAGCCCGACUUGUUGUCAAUGGCGAGGCCCAACAAGCGGUAGCCAAGUCCAUGACACCCGAAGCCCUUUCUCCUCAGCCGAGGGAUGACAUCCGGGUCGGCGCCCUGCUGGAUGAGGUCGGUCACGUGCUGUGGAUUGAUUGUGCGGCCGAUGAUGCCCAGCGUCAGCUCCUUGGUGAGAUUGUCCGUGUCGUGGGGGAAUUGAGCCUCGAUGUCGUUGGCUCCCCGGAAGCCGUCAGGCACCUCAACCGUGGUGGCCACCAGCACAGGAUGACCUGCAACACACACAGCCACCAGACGACACACACAGUGAAGGUGUGUGCGGAUCACAUUCUUUCGCGUCUGUCUGUCUGUCUGUCUGGCGUACCGUCCUCCUCAUAGCCGUCGUCCUCCUCAGAGUCGUCGUCGUCGUCAUCCAUGUCGUCCCACAGCCACCCGCCCUCACCACCACCAUCAUCCUGCACACCAUCCUGCCACGCUCCCUCCUCCUCGGCCAUUUCACCGUCCUCCUGCUCACGCAACAAAUCUGAAACGAAGACAUUCCAACACAUUCGUCAGCAAAGCAAGAUGAUUAUGCCACUGAUGUGUUGAUCAGUCCGUGUGGCGUGCUGUUGACUCACCACUGUCAGUGUCAUUGUCGUCUUGCCCGCCUGGCUGCCCGCCACCAUUGUUAUCCUCCUCAGCCACAUCGUCUGCACACGCAAUCGAAGACAUACAGUACACACCCGUGUAGCGAUCACGAUCUGUGUGUGGCGUACCUGUAUCGUGAUCGCCAUCAGGACCGUCCGCCACGUCACCGGAGGCCAUGUGGGUGUCGUGACCUCCAGACAUCUCACUCCACAGGGGUGAUUCGGUGCUGCCUUUUCUCUGUGCGAUGUCCCGAGUUGCUUGCAGUAGUGAUUCCGCCUGCUCUUUCCAAUUUGCUCUCUUUCCUGCGUGAAUGGAUGGUCUUGAAGGGAAGACUCACCCCGAAGGUCGCUUUCCG